ACAUUAUCAGUUCAGUUUUCUUCUACAACCCCAGCAACUAAGUCAAACCUACUUCAAAGAGCUUUGUCGGAAAUGCUCAUUUUUAUAAGCAUGUGUUCAUUAAUUUAAAUGUGUUAUUUUAAAUUAUAAUUGUAAUUUAAUAACGUGUUUUUUUAAAAAGCAGCAAGAGUUACAUAUACCAAAACCAAUUUCAAUAUAUUCAUAUUAAUGCAGCCCUUCUAAAAUCGAAAUACAAUCCUCGAUUCUAUAUUAUAUAUUCCAUAUAUUUCGGCAUAUUUAAUUCAAAUUGGAAAUCAUCUGGUCGUGAAGAGAUCUCUAAAUAUUUUACCAAUCAACCCCAAAAAUGGACGAGAGUAACGAAUUUAUACUCAACAGUGACUGCCUGCUGGAGAUUUUAAACUAUGUGAUUGCUGAUUGCAAGUCGAAUUUCACAACCGACAGAAUGCUAAAGUAUAAUGAUUUAAUCAACUUUGUGUUGUCGCAUGAGUUUUUUCUGGAAUCGCAUGCGACUUAUCACAAACUUCUGUACGAGGAACUUGAGUUGGCCAUUGCGUGCAGAAUCACGAAGAUUCUUAUAGAUCUGCGAGUCAAUAGGUCAGCACACAGGAAUGAACCUUUCUGGAUAUCCCUUCAGCAAUCUAUAAGAGAAAAAAAUCCUUUCGAUGUCGAAUUGUCUCUUAACGAUGUGUGCAUAAGAAUUGACAUUAAAGGCCUCGCAGAGAAUCUCUCAUACAGUGAAGAAGUAGAGAUAAAUGUAGAUAUUACUGCAGAAACAUUAGCUGACAUUUGCAUACUGAACCCAAAUUUAAGGAAGUUGACACUUGAUGGCACUAAAAUUCAUAGGAUUCUCUCCGAAAUCGCACCGCAUUGCGAAAGUCUUGAGGAGCUGGAAAUCUACCCAGACCCGGAACUCGGUGCUGCCCCAUAUGCCUCGUUAGCUAAGCUACCCAAUCUUAAGACUUGUACUUUCAGUCGAGUCCAGGAAAACACUUCAAAGUUCUUUAAUGAUUUUAGAGAAUGGCACAGACCCAAAAGUCUAGAACCUUCAACUCUAGCAAUCGAGUACCAUGUGGGCGAAAUUACGUUUGCGACUUUUGACUCGUUGCAAUCUCUGCACACAUACAUAAGUGCUAAGCACCCCUAUGAUUAUAUUUUUAAAGUUCAGUACGACUUAAGGGAGAAAUCGAUAUCGAAAAGCAGUAAUUCAAUUGAGGAAUCUCUCGCAACCAUAACGUUCGAUGAAAACGUGUUCAUUAAGUUUGACAAGUCCAAUGGAGAGCUUCAGUUAAAGCCACUAGAAGAGUCGGACAUUAGCAAAAUGGGUUCCCUGUCAAAGCUGCCAAAUCUAAGUCGGUUGGUUAUAGAUAAUAAAGGGGUACGACUUCCAUCACUUGCCAAGUUUCUUCGAUUCAUGGUCCCGAAAGGAUCGUUUGCUUUAAAGUACUGCAGUAUAAAAAAUCCUAUAAACAAAUUUAGUUGCAUAGAACUUGCUAAAAUAAGCUCGAUUCGAUUUCUGGCUUGUCGUAUCUCCGAAUGCUCUUUACUUAAGUAUAUAAAUCAAUUAACCAACCUAGAGCACCUGGUCAUAAAGGCCCGCGACUCCUUUGAUCGCAGUACUUUAAAACUAAUCUCCAAUCUACUAAAUAAAUGUAAGGUACAAGCAACAUUAUGCUGCCAAGACUUUUCCAUCUCCUUGAAAAAGAAUGAGAAAGAGCUGGAAAUUGAACUCGGAGAUGGGUGUAGGAUUGACGUUCUAACACCCCUCGCUCAACUUAAGGACGUUAAGAGCCUGCAUAUCUCAACGAUCCUGUCAUUUAAAGGAUCACUAAAUCCACUCUUUAAGGCAUUCGCCAGCAGCAAGUUAUGUGCGAUCGAGGAACUAGUUAUCGUCUCAAUGGAUAAGUUACGUUUCGAAGAUGUCUCAAGCAUGGCAGAUAUUAAAACUAUUAAAAAGUUGGUGUGCUCGCUUUCAAAUUGCACUGGAAUUGAGAAACUGGCCAGCUUGAAUAAUCUCGAGGAGUUGCGUGUUUUUGGAAAAGGAAAUCUUGCCCAACUUUUUACAAAACUGGCUGAGAAGAAUGUAAUACAAAAAGUCUUACAUUUUACUGAAAUUGUUCCCGAAGAGCUAAUAGCACUUUCCCGAAUUGGGUCACUGAAAAAACUACAGUGCUAUUUUUCUGAAAUGCAAGAUCUACAAGCCCUUUCCGAGUUAGCUAACUCAAGUAUUGAAAAACUGGUUGUUCACGUAUCACGUUCAACUGGCAAGAGUUCCCUACAGAAUUUAUUUGCGGCGAUCUCUUCAAAUAGUUCAGCCAGAUUGCAGAGUUUAAAAAUUGAGUUUGAAUCUUUUCAAAUUACAGAAAUGGCGGAAGUUUCUAAGAUACAAGGUCUUAAGAAAUUAAAAGCUGAAUUCUGCAAUUCCGAAUGUGCACAACUGUUAGUUCGCCUGCCAAAUCUAGAACACUUGGAAAUCAAAAAUUAUAACGAAAAUGAAAUAAAAUUGGAAAAUACCUUAAGGGACUUGGUACUCAAACCACAAUCUGCACUUCGAAAAUUGAAGAUUAAAAUCCCGAUUGGCUUCAAUGAAUGUAAAUAUUUGUCCCAAAUCGAAACUUUGGAGUCCUUAGCAUGCAAUUUGCGCGAUGAGGUCGGCAUAGAAGUUUUGGCGGACAUAAAAAAACUAAAAGAACUAAACAUUGAUAGUGCUAAGGGCUCGCUUAGUGGACUUUUUCGGGCUUUUGCAAACAACAGAGAGUCAACUCUACAAGAACUGAAUACACAAAUUAGAAAUUCUGAUGAGAUCUGUGAGAUAACGAAAAUUAAGUCUCUAAAGAAACUAUUCACUUUUAACGACGAGAGUACAUCUGGCAACUUCUCAGACCUAAGUCAACUUACUGAACUUGAUUCAUUGCACAUAAAGAGUACGUCUGUCAACUUCUCAGACCUAAGUCAACUUACUGAACUUGAAUCAUUGCACAUAAGGAUAAGCGAUCCAUUCGAAAUGCAUAAAACUAGUCUGUUGCCGAUUUUUCAAUCUUGUCAAAAGCUCGAAUGCGUCAGAUUAUCUUUUGGCGAUAUGUUGAUGGAGACUUCAGAACUUGUGAGCAAUGCUUACACUAUUUUAAAAUCUAUAAGAGAUCCUGCACUUCAAAAACCGCUAAAACUGGUUCUGGAUGUAAGCACUUUUCCCAAAUUCCAUGUACAAGACAUAGAUGAGGCGUUCUUGAACGUUUGCUACAAGUCGUGGGAUCCGUUUUAUUUUUCAAAUUUCGACUUUGAUUUCGAAAACUCAGAUGUCGACGAUUUAGAUUUCGACGAUUUAGAUUACGACGACUCAGAUGUCGACGACUCAGAUAUCGAUAACUCAGAUGUCGACGAUGUAGAUGUCGACAACUCAGAUGUCGAUAACUCAGAUAUCGACAAAUCAGAUGUCGAUACAUCAGAUGUUGACAAUUCAGAUAUCGAUAGCUCAGAUGUCGAUAGCUCAGAUGUCGACAAAUCAGAUGUCGAUACAUCAGAUGUUGACAAAUCAGAUAUCGAUAGCUCAGAUGUCGAUAGCUUAGAUGUCGACAAAUCAGAUAUCGAUAACUCAGAUGUCGACGACUCAGAUGUCGACGAUUUAGAUUACGACUGCGAUGUCGACGACUCAGAUUAAAAAUUAUGUCUUAUAAAUCUUAAUAAAUCAAUGUUAAUAUUUUAGUAACGAAUUGGCUUUGUUGGACCUACAAAAUGUAUGUUAAAACGACCAACAAAUAAAUAGCAGGUCGCUUUUUCAGGUUCAUUUAAUCCAAACUAGAAAUAUAAUUCUUACUAUAUGGCGGCGUAGUUGAACAAUUAUUUUCUUAUUUGA